AUGACCGUAAUCAAUGGCAUAGAUUUGACUGAGGAUAGGAGAGACUUGCUGCUGAUAUCGACCUGGCUAUGGACUGCAAUAGCUGCAGUUUUUGUUGCCGGACGGUACUAUUGUCGGAUAAAGCUGAUGAGGGCUGUAUGGUGGGACGACUGGAUGAUUCUUGUCUCUGUAUGCUGCUCAGUAGCCGUCAGUGUUAUUUGGACCAUGUACGCCAACGCAGGUGGCUGUCGACAUCAACAGUCACUCACCAAGCCAGAACAAGUUAUAGUUUUUCGGCUGAACUUCCUCUCUCAUCCAUGGUGCAUUAUUGGUCUCUUGACUGGGAAGCUUUCCGUAGCUUUCCUGAUCUUGAGAUUCCAAUCACCUACAAGAUGGCGUACCCGCCUCAUCAUCGGGCUUUGUGCACCUCUAGUCUUGAUGGUUAUGGUAAAUGUGACGGUCAUAUUCACCCAGUGCCGGCCGGUCCAGUUUCUAUGGGAUAAGGACAAAGGAGGAAAAUGCAUCGAUCCCAUAAUCUCCCCUACAAUAGGAAAGGUAGUCGGUAGCUAUAUGGCGUUUCUUGAUUUAGCUUUAGCAGCCAUUCCAGUACAGAUGAUUUGGAACUUGCAAAUGGUAAAAAGCAAGAAGAUUGCAAUAUGUUGCUUGUUGAGCACGGGCGUGUCUGCUUUUGGAUUCGCUGUUGUAAAAGUUACUUCUCUGGGACAUAUCGCAAACCGUACAGACCUUACCUGGGCUACUGUACUACUGUUUGUGUGGAAUGUAUACGAAAUGAACGUCGUUAUUAUCGCCGCGUGCAUUCCCACACUUGUACCUCUUUUCCACAUCAUGAUAGGGCGGAAGACAAAGUCGGACUUUGCACAAAACCAAAGUGGGGGGAGCGCUGGAUACAACGGCUAUCAUCCAGAAUAUUCCGUUCGUAUGCGUGAUCGUAUUGAGCGAAACAGUAAAUCACAAAGACUUGAGAGCAUUAAGAGCAUGGAUGGCGAGUCAAUUCAAGCUUUGGGCCAAAAGACAAAAAUAACCGUUGAGCCACCGUCGCCUGUCGUUUCUCCGGUCGAUACAUGGUAUGAUGACGAUGAGUCGGAUAGGAAGAUAUCUGUUACGAAACAAUGGUCGGUUCAGCGUUGA